CGGAGCAGAUCUGAUGAUAUGGACUUACAGUUAUGGCUUUCUACAAAGUUAUCGCUGUGGCAGCUCUGCUGACUCUCCUGACACAAGAGUCGUACUCUCAACUAAAUGUGUGUGGUCGGCCCGCGCUUAACACCAGGAUUGUUGGAGGACAGGAGGCCCCUGAGGGCAGCUGGCCGUGGCAGGCCAGCCUACACAGAUUUGGGGGCCACUUUUGUGGAGGAUCCCUCAUCAACAAAGAAUGGGUGCUGACUGCGGCUCACUGCUUCUCAAACCCAAGUACAUCCAGUCUGAUUGUAUAUUUGGGUCGCCAGAGUCAAGAGAAUUCAAACCCCAAUGAGGUAUCUCGGUCGGUAACGCAGAUCAUCAAUCAUCCAAACUACAACCCUGCCACUAGUGACAACGACAUCUCCCUCCUGAAGCUCAGCUCACCGGUGACUUUCACCAACUACAUUCUGCCUGUUUGCCUAGCAGCUCCAGACAGCACCUUCUUCGCCGGCAUUGACAGCUGGGUCACCGGCUGGGGCAACAUUCAAUUUGGAGUGCCUCUUCCUUCCCCACAAAACCUAAUGGAGGUGGAGGUGCCAGUUGUGGGGAACAGACAGUGUAACUGUGACUAUGGAGUGGGCACAAUCACGGAAAACAUGAUCUGCGCCGGGUUACGUAAUGGAGGGAAGGACUCCUGUCAGGGGGAUUCAGGUGGUCCAAUGGUGAGCAAGCAGAACGGUGUCUGGAUCCAGGAAGGAGUUGUAAGUUUUGGAGAAGGUUGUGCCCUGCCAGAAAGACCAGGAGUCUACACCAGAGUGUCCAGAUAUCAGGCAUGGAUCAACACCCAAAUCAUCACUGACCAGCCAGGCUAUGUCACCUUCACAUCCACUGGGACUGACAGUGAUCUCAGCGUCACCUGUGCUGGCCUGCCGCCACCUCCAACAACCCUCCCCCCAACAACCACAGCUAAACCUGUGGUCUGUGGCCAGGCCCCGAUGAAUACACGUAUUUCGGGAGGAGUCUCAGUGGCGACGGCUGGUAUAUGGCCAUGGAUGGCAAGCCUACAGAAGAAUGGAAGUCAUGUGUGUGGUGGGACUCUGGUGUCUGUUGACUCUGUGUUGAGCAGUGCCGACUGCUUCUCAAGUUCACCCACACCGUCUGCCUGGACCGUUGUGUUGGGUCGGUUGAAACAGAAUGGAUCCAAUCCUUUUGAGGUGACACUUAACGUAACAAAUAUCACUCUGAGCAACCAGACUGGGUCCAAUGUAGCAGUGCUGCAACUGUCAUCCCAACCCACCCUGUCCGACUACAUCCAGCCCAUCUGCAUGGAUAACGGAAGGACCUUUGCUGUGGGCACCACGUGCUGGGCUGCUGGCUGGAGCUCCGGGCAAGGAGGUGAGGAACAAGUUCUGCAGGAGUUCCAAACCUCGGUGGAAAAUUGUGGGAAUGCAUCGUCAAGUGACAGCAUUUGUACUGGAACUUUCACACUGGGGCAGGGUGAUUCUGGAGGUCCACUGAUGUGUAAGCUGGACAACUCUUGGUUCCAAGCAGCAGUAUUACCAGCUGAUAACACCACCAGGGAAACACGAGUAACAGUGAUAACGUUCACCAAACUGAGCACGUAUCAGGAAUUCCUGUCUCGGAUAGUGGGGUUCCUUUCCGCAGCCUCCACCAACAGCAACAGCACUGCCACCACAGCAGCCAACCCCACCACCAACAGCGGGGAUGCUCCUGCUCACUCCACCUUCUUCAUCUUCUUCCAUCUCCUCUUCUCUUCCAUGUGUCUCCGCCUCUUCUUAUAGAAACCUACAACUUUAUCUGUAAAUAGUGAUUUACAUGAUGUGACAAGCACAAAUGAAUGUAAACAGCCUUGACUAUGAGAGACGACUUAGCGCAAAGCUGCAUUAACGUGAAUUUGAUUCUGGUGACCACUAGGAACAGAUCAGUGAAGUUGGCGGGGUUAAAUCAAGCAUCCAAGGUGCUUACAUGAACAGUUGUAUUAAUGUCCUCUACCAGAUGAUGUUAAAAUGCCUCUGGUGGAAUCAUCAGCACAAACAAUGAGACAGAACUGGAAAACCUUUGCUGCAAAAGGUGCUAGAACAGCAAUAGUAAGUUUUGGCAUCAAAAAUAAAAACUAGCAUUGAUCAAACACUGACACUAAACAAAUCCACUGGAAAAUAAAACACAGGCAAUACAAUUAUUUUAUUCAGAUUUUUUUUUUUUUUUUUGCACCCUGAGGCAUGUCUACUGAUGGUUUUUCUUCAUGUCUCACUUUUUUUUAGUGUCUACUGAAUUGCACACUAAAUGUAAAUCAUGCUGACCUUGCUCCUCCCCUUUAAUUGAUCUCCUCUAUGCCAAAAAGUCGCAGGUUUCUUAAAAAAAAGUGACACUGAAAAAAAUGAGUGACUUAAAGAAAAGAAUAGAUUGUCAUUAAAAAAUAAAACAAAGAAUCUUUAAUGCCUGUGUUUUUUGAUUAGUGUAUUUUUUUUAGUGUCGAUUUUCCUCUUUCAAUGCCAAAUUUUAUUUUCAAUGCCAAAACUUCAUGCAACUGUUUUAGCUCCAUACAAACUACAAAAAAUAUGCACAGUAUAUCUGAUUUAAAUGAAGGAACUGUGCAGUUUUGUGCAGGAAUGCGCAAAAUAUUGACCAUGGAAUGUCAAAGCAUGAAGUGUAGAGAGUAGGUGCAAUGUGCGACGUGUGUAUCACAUAGAGACACAUAUGGAGGCUUUAUGUUAAUUUAACAUAUAGUGUGAGGAGGGAGAUUUUUUAAGUUAAAAGGAAACUUUAAAAUGUGAAUUUACUUUGAAGGACAAUAACCUCCAGCCCACUUCACUACUCUGUCUCAACAAAAAAUCAUGAGUCACCUCUGUUAUGUGGUUUUCAUAACGGUUUUCAGUCUUCGAUGAAGAAUUAUUCAAGCUGCACUGAGCAAAUAUAUGUACAUGUAGCCUAGUAUUGUAACUGAAGCUACAUGUACAUUUUUUUAGUUUUUUUUUUUAUCAAUACAAUGAUAAAAUGUGUGAAAUUUUUGUAAUAUAUCCUUUGUACUUACUGCGGAUAUUAAGUCCGUUCUCUAAACAGGAGAAGGUAUUUAUUAAGUUGCAGAUAUGAUUAAAGACAGUCUUAACAAAUGUAUGGAGCUAGAACAGUGACAGUAAGUUUUGGCAUCAAAAAUAAAAUAUCAAAAAUAAAAUUUGGCAUUGAAAAAAAAAAACAGCUGAAAAAUAAAAUACAGGCACUAAAAGUGAUGUUAUUUAUUUAUUUUAGCACUCGUGUUUUCCAAUGACAAUCUGCUUUUUGUUCUUCAUGUCCCUCUUUUUUUAAUGUAAGUUGAAAUGUAGGCCAAACAAAACAAAAACUGACACUGAAAAAAGAGUGACUUGCUGAAAAAGUUAAAAAGAUUUAAUUGAAAAACACACAUCAGCAUUUUUCAGUGUCAGUGUUUCCUUUUUCAAAACCAGAUUUUAUUUUCGAUGACAAAUGUUACUGUUCUGACUCUGUGUAAAUGUUUUGAAGUUCAACUUACAGAGGCAUAUUUUGGAGACCUGAGGAACACAGUAACAAUGAUCAUCUACCUCAUAUUAUCAGAGUUACUGUAUCAUGACACCAACAUCUACCUGAAGUGACACAGCAGUACACAAACAGCAUUUGCUUUGAAAAUACUUCAGCUGCGAUUUAUAUGGAUAAUUAUUUGGUUUGAACAAAUGUCAAUUGUAAGUCUUGCUGAAUCUUGCCACAGAAUACACCUGUCCUGUGAAUGUGAAAGCACUUAAUAAUCUCCUUUUUAUUUUUGUCAAUAUAGCCUGCUUUUAAAUGAA